UCUGGCUCCAGUCUUAGGUUCCAGGCCAAGGAGAUGAUGCGGGGGCGGGGGAGAGAGAUCUGGUUUUUAGGUUCCAGCCAGAGAGGCAGAGACUCAAUCCUGCAAGUCCAGCUUACCUUAAAUAGUUAUAGGAAAGAAGAGAAAAUGAUGCAAAGGGAAUUUCCUGCCAGUAGCCUCUUUGGGAAGUGAAUCCUGUGUGCACAAAAACUGAUGUGGCUUUUGAGAGUGCCGGCACAUUGUAGAAGGAACAGGCAUUGUUAUUCUCUGACCUGAACCUGCACUUGGCCCCCUGCCCACGUAGGAGGCUUCAAUGUUUCCCCUUAUGCCUGGAAUGCUCUGUUCCUGCCUCAGCCUUCCUUGCGUGAUGUCGGACAUGUCUUCUGUAUUGUCCAGACCCAGGCCGCCCCCUCUGUCUUUCUUCACACUCUGGUUGUGCAAUGACUCCUGGAGAUGGGAGAGGGGAGAGUGAGCACUCUCCUUGCUUCCUUCACCUGCAGAGACAGCCUUGCCUGUAGUAAACCAACAUGUAUGGUGCUUUGUGGGAGACAGCCCUCUGUGAUGGUGGCUUAGAAAUUAGAGAACACCACAAGACAUUGCUAUGUUUGAUUAAUAACACUGGAUGUCUCAGUUGCCCAAGAAUUUAAAUGUAGCUGGGCCCUUCUUCACCUUGCCUGUCCAUCCAUCAGCAGAAAUUCUAUGAUCUCAAGGAAUUCAUUGUGUGGUGGAGGAAACAGACACAGAGAAGGAAUUUUUAGAUGGGACGACAUGUUUCAAUUGAAGGAUGGUCAGAGCCCGCUGGGAACAUCAGUGAUGGAAUGACCUGGAGGCUGUGGAAUGACAUCGCAAAGGAGUGAGGCAGGAGCAAGUCUGGAAGAAGGGGUCAGAGUGGUGGCUGCAGAGGAGGGCGGGAGAGGUGACAGGGCUUGAAAUAAGGUGGUGGUCUCUGCGUCUUCAUGCUCCUAGCAGCGUCUGAGGCAUAUUGACGAGAAGCUGCAUGGACAAACUCAGCUGCAAGUUUGCAGAAUAAGCGGCUUACUUGGAGUGGACUAAGUAGAUUACACUGACUUGAAGACCCUUGUGUGCAGACAUGUGCGUUAAGGAUGAGAUUUGGGUGGUAAGCAGUUUGAAGGCACACCGUAUGGGAAUAGGGUGAUUCUGGAGGCUGAGGACUGGGAUUUGAAUCAAGUGUUUGGAUUUGGCCAAAUCUCUUAAUGUCCUGAACCUUCUAUGUUUUCAUUUCUAAAAUAGAGGUGACCAUUUCUGCCCUCCCGGCCCCACAGGAGUCUUGAAAAAUCAUGAGAGAUGAUAUAAGUUCUAUCCAUAUGUUAGUUGCUAUAAAGGCUCAUCAUUCAUUCAUAUGCUGUAAGAAUCUCUGGUUCAGGUCCUGCUGUCCACAAAGGAGCCUCAUGUCCCCUGUCCCCUGUGACCUACUCUUGGGGAAUAGGGAGUGUCAGUGAGGCCUAGGGACAGCUUACACACUUGGAGGAAGAGGUGCGACCUCUGCAGCACCAUCAUCUCGUCCUCCCUGCAACUAAGUUUUUCCUGGGGAAAAAGCCUGCAGACCAGGAAGCCAGAGGUAUCUAGUGGAACGCUGCCCCCAAUAGGAACCUGUUCUGAGCGCUGGGGCUUCAUCUGCCAGGGCUGCACCCCAGCAGGCAGUGGGCUUCCUGAGCUGGCUGCAGUAACCGGCAGGCUGUGCUGUCAGGAUGUGGUCUUUGGUUUCUGUUUCUGUUUCUGUUUUAGUUCUGACUUGUGCCGUGGAUGUGGCUGAAGGGCCAGGGUCGGGGAAGUGCCCAAAGGUGGGAUUGAACUCCCCACAGGCACAGCGUCCUGGUCGUGCUGGUGGAGAGGGAGGCCCGGAGGGUUCGGACAUGCCCUGUUAAAGCCCUUUCCUCAAGGUGAUAGGGACACAUGGAAGCUGCCAGCCAACCAGCCAAGGAUCAGCUGAGCCCUAGGGCUGAUGCUUGCCUGCGUUGAGGACUAUGGCACCAAAGUCCAGCCAAAAAGGUUAACCUGGGACACUCCUGGACAGUGAUCCUGAUGUCUGUUCUGAGCUGCACACUCAAGGGUGUGAUAACCGGCCCCAGUCGGCGCCAUGGCGUCUGCCGAGCCCCUGACGGCGCUGUCCCGCUGGUACCUGUACGCCAUCCACGGCUACUUCUGCGAGGUGAUGUUCACGGCGGCCUGGGAGUUCGUGGUGAACUUGAACUGGAAGUUCCCAGGGGUCACGAGCGUGUGGGCCCUCUUCAUCUACGGCACCUCCAUACUCAUCGUGGAGCGCAUGUACCUGCGGCUGCGCGGCCGCUGCCCGCUGCUCCUGCGCUGCCUCAUCUACACGCUCUGGACCUACCUGUGGGAGUUCACCACCGGCUUCAUCCUGCGCCAGUUCAACGCCUGCCCCUGGGACUACUCCCAGUUCGACUUUGACUUCAUGGGCCUCAUCACCCUGGAGUACGCCGUGCCCUGGUUCUGCGGGGCCCUCAUCAUGGAGCAGUUCAUCAUCCGCAACACCCUCCGCCUCCGCUUUGACAAGGACGCCGAGCCCGGGGAGCCCAGUGGCGCCCUAGCUCUGGCCAACGGCCACGUCAAGACUGACUGAGUAGGGAGCGGGUGGGGGGCCUGGGGAUCUCUCAUGGAACUCAUGGACCAAGAGACCAAGCUGGUGAGGUUGCCCCAUCCAUGCCGCACAAGCCCUGCCUCGGCCAGGCCUCACCCGUGUAGGGCACACACAGCCCCCUAAUCUCCACGGGGGGCGGGGGUCAGGUGUUGGGGGAUGGGGUGUGGAGGUCGCAGAGGGACAUUUGGAAGGGUCCACGGAUCCUGGCCCAGCUCAGAGGCUGGUGCCGGGAGGCCUGUGGCUGAGCAGCGAUGGACUAUGUAGUUGACUUUGGAAGCAGCAGGCCCUGUCCUGGCUAAGGGACGAUGAGAAUGGGGCUGCAGGUGGGAGGCAAGGCCUGACCUCCUUCCCUCCCCUCUGGAUUUAGUUGGGCUUUGGCUGGUUCCAUUAGGCAAUAUUCAGGUGCUUGCUUGCAACCAAUACCUCCCCAGGGGCCUGCUGAGCUGCAGCGGAGGAGAGACUGGGCAGCCAGGAGGCUGCGUGGCCGCAACGCUGGUCUGCAAGGGCUGGGAGACCCUUCCUUGGCUCCUCUCCCCUCCCCCAGGGCCCUGCGCUGCUCCCUUGGCCUUCUGGGGCCCCCGUGGUGCUGGAUUCCCACCAACCUUGGGCUUUUGGAAGUUUCAAUCCCCGUGUGUUCGGUGGCGUUUCCCCCUUUACUCGCUUGUGUUCAAGGCCUUUACAAUUAGCGGCUCUUUAUCCAUGUCAGUCACCACACCUGCCCCACCCCAGCUCCCUAGGCAGCACAGGAGCUGGAGAUGGAGCCCUGAGACACCCCCAACUCCCACCCCCUGCAGCUUUCCCUCCACUGUUCCCGCUGGCCUGAUGCCUGGGGAGUUCCUGAGUUGCGCCUCCCUGCCCCGGUCUAGUGGGCCGUGGCAGUGCUCCCUUGUCAUAGCGGCCCAGCUGAGAACAAAUGAUGCCCUCCAAUGCACAGGCAGGCUGGGAUAGGCCCUGUGGAUCCACAAUGGGGACCUAGAGGCAAGUCAGUUUGGUAGGGAAAAGGCAGAGUUCUAGGUCAUCUAUUCCCUGGCUGGUUUAUGUUGAAGCCAGAACUGAGCAGUCUAGCUUCUAUGGGAUGGGGAAGCCAGGUAUCCAGCAUUGGAGACUGAUGGAGAAUGAGAAGAAGAAAGAGAGGAGAACCUUGUGGCUGUAGAGGCUCUUGGAGCCUCCUUUGUGGCAGGGUAUCAGUUCUAGUUCUGCCAUAGCCCCAGCCCUGUAGCAAAACCUCAGGGCUGCCCCUCUCCCCAAACUCCUCCCAGCAAGGCUGGCCCUUUGAGCUUACUCCUUCAACAGUAUUAACCCUGCCACACUCAUGGGCAUUGGUACCUUGGUUCCACUGCCCCACUUUGCCCAAUGACAGGUCCAUUGCUGGCAGUGGACGGGUGACAUACUCCAGCCUACUUGGCUCUGACCUUCACUCCCCAAGGGGAAGGGUCCAUUAGAAAGUGGCCCAUCCCAUGGUACAUGGUCUCUCCUUCACCACACUAGGACUCUUAGGUAGAAAUUAGCCUUUUCCUUUUUAUGGAUCGUUACAAAGUGACAAUAACACUUGUGGAGAGAAUGUCCUCUUCCCUGCUGGCUGUCCUGCCCAAACCGUGCAGAUAGCACGACCCAGGUUGCAGGGUGUGGUGGGGUGGGCGACAGUUGUGUCCUAGGUCUGGAGAAAAGCAUGCAGAUUCUGCCUUUGGCAGGAUUUUCUGCAGUUAUCCCUGUCCAGAGCAGAAUGAAGGGUAUUUCCUAGCCUAUUUCCUGGGCAGGCUCCUCAAAUCCAGGGAUUAGCUACUUUCUUCAGGGGCCAGCCCUCCUUUUGAUUGUAUUUUGGCCCCAAUUCCAGGACUUUGGGGGUUACAGAGAAUCAGGCUUCUGGUGAAAGUAGAUUGUUUUCCAUCUAUAGGUGGAGAAAAUUCCAGGAGAAUAUUGUCUGGCUUCCCUGUUCUCUCUGGGCAGUUGUCUCCUUGGUUCUCUCCCCAACUCCAUGUUGUCUCAGUCUCCCAGCACCCCUUCAGGCCUUCCAUGUGGGCUCCUAGACCCCACUACCCGUCUUUAUACCCCUAUUCCACAACCGAGUCCAGUGACCAGCUAUUCUCAGCCAGAGCAAGCCCUUGAAUGGUCUACCAGGUCUUGCUGCUCCAGAUGUUGCCUUGUGGGCAUCCCCUGGCACCAUUUACUCUCUGGGUCCUAUAAGCUCCCAAGUGCAGGAGGUCCUGGGGUACACCUGUGUGUCUGGCAACAUCCAGCAUUGUGUUUCUGCUCCAUCGAGGUGUCCCAUUGCUCCAACUGCCCUUCAUAGGGCAUCAAACCUCCAGCAAAGGAAGACAACAACCCAUGACCUGACCACAGGAUCUAUGGGUUCAAAUCUCACCAGGGAUAGCCCAGACUUCAACUCUUGCUUUUCUGGGUAUCAGGGCCCCAAUCCCUUAGUGCCCAGGGACUCAAAGUUUGGAAUAAUCCCAGCCCUGCCAAGCAUUAAGGGUGCUGGUGGGGAGUGUUUGCCUGCUGUUUGUGAACCUCUGGUGUCCUGGGCCUCUCUCCACUGGACAUGGCAGCAUCUCUGAUUACAGAUUGCAAUGUGCUGCCCUGCAUGGUUGAACUGCUUCUGAUGUCUGCGAGGCAUCCUGUCCCAUGUGCCCUGUCCCCUCUUCAAUGCCAGUGAGUCACAAUGGCCUAGCUUAUUCACAGCAAUAAUACCGAGGGAGUGCCCAUGAGGCCCUUUUGUCCUGGUCCCUCACUCUGCAUGGGUCUCUUGGGGAGGCAGCUGCUGAAUGGGUCAGUUCAUGAGAACCUGCAUUUACGAAGCCCUGGACUAUGCAGGCAUUACCCUGGGAUGCAGACAGGUGAGAGGCCCAGCCCUUAGAGGAGCCAUGACAGGGAGCAUGCCUUCCACCCUGGGGCCACCCAGACCUGGAGAAGCUGCAGGUGCCAGCUCUGCUAAAGGGCCUUUGAAGUGGGUGGGACCAUCUCUCAGCUGGGCAGCUCUUGAGAAGGACACACGACGGUUUGUGCGCCCAUGGCCUGCUCUGUGUCUCCAUUGGUCCCUCUGUCUCUUCCUUUUCACAUUUGUGCACAUAAAAUAUACUGGUGUUUGUGUUCCAA